GCAGCAUCCGGCUAAGUUUAUAGCUGGUGAAAUGUUUCUUAUCUCUGCUCUCGUUGCUGGUUUGUUUCUGCCCGUUGCAUACACUUGCUCUCUACCUGCUGGCGCUUUUUUCUACACUCCAAUUCAGCGAACUAUCCUAGCGCCGAUUGUUUUCCAAGCUAAGGUUCUCAAUACAACAACCUACUUAGAUCGCCAUGCUACUGGUCAAGUCUUCGAUGCUUGCGUCCGUAUCGCAAAAAUAUUCAAGGCACCGUUCGAAAUUCCUCCAGAGUUGUGUUUUGGAUCAUUUGGGAUAGAAGAGCUGUGUUUGACAUACGUGUUCGAAGGCUCUGAUUACAUUUUCUUUGUGAAUGAAGAUUUCACAGCUAGAUAUGACGGUUUUCCACUGUCUGCUAUCUCUGUCACUGAUGACAAUUUGUCCUCAGUUGAGCGUGGUUACUGCUCAGCUGAUCAAUCCGACGAUUGUGAACCGCCAAAGAUUGAUUUGGAAACAUUUGAACCCGUGAACCGUAUACUAGAGGGACGAAAUGCAGUUGUCAAAUGCCAAGCAUCAGGAACGUUGCCCAAGGUAACAAUCUGGUCCAGAGGUGGAGAACUUGUAAUGGAAAAACUGCGAGAAAAUAUGCUCGAGAUCAGUGAUGCUACCAUGUAUGAUACGGGGAGAUAUUCCUGUACAGUUAAAAACCCCGCCGGAGAGGAUACAGCAGAAACCUAUGUACAGAUUCUCUCCUCAGCAUGCGGAGGCUUGGUCGCUGUACAUGAAAACAAGACCAUAACAAUCCAAAGCCCAGAUUAUCCUUGGCCUUACCGGAAAGCAAAGUCCUGUUCAUGGCGAGUGUGUCCUCCUCAAGGCAUGAAGUUGGAGUUUAACUUUACCACCUUUGAUCUUCGCACAUUUGACAAACUGGAGAUUAUUAAUGAAUGUGAUCGGCAACAUUCUCCAUGGAGGACAUACUGUGGUUCCAAGGUGUCUCCUGGCUCCUUUCUGUCACGUUGUAACUCCACUUGUAUGCAGAUUGUUCUGAACUCUGGCUUCCCUCCCAACAGAGUAGCUACUGGUUUCCAAGCCAACAUCAAGACUUCAGAUCCAGAUGAAACAGAAGACAAUCUGGAGGAAAUGGUUUGUGGCAGCAAUCUUGUCGCCAGAGUGAUUCCUUCCGAGCGCCAGCUUCUGGCGUUGGAGGUGAACGUGAAAAUAUUGGAAGUCCAUAGACAAGACGAGCCUAUGCUCGUUUCACCCGAUGAUGAAAUCUCUAUAAAGCACGAUUUUACCAUCACAGACAUGUAUGGCUGUCCAAUGGAGCUUAAAACCGGAUCAGAAUAUUACAUUUUUGCCUCGUUCGAGAGACACAUUAAUAGUGUAGAUCCCAUUUCCUUAGUGAUGGAUUUUGCCGUGGAUCCUAACAACAAUGAGACGUCUGCGAACUUUAUCCAGCGGUUGAAGGCGAUAAAAGAAGAACCGCCGCAAUGUGAACCGCUCCCAGCCAAAUAAGAUAGUAUUCGAAUUAAUAGCUUUUUUGAAAAAAUACUGAAACUUUUAACUAAUUGGAACUGAAAUGUACGGGCGAAGGAGAGUUUCUCCCGAACGUUUGCUUCAAAGACGUACUUGUAAUUUGCUUUGCGAUUAAAAUUUUUGUUCAGCAAUGAA